CUGCGUAUCAAAAACCGGCUGCUGCCACGAUCACGCUCCUCAUUCCUCCUCACCUCAUCCCUUCCAGACCUCUCCUCAUUCAACGGUAACGGCAACACUCGUCUGCGGCCGAAAGACGAAGCACUUGGAGGCAUCCGAGUGUUUAUUGUGUCUAGUGUGUGUCUAUUGCGUCUAACCAUAUUCUUCCUGCUUGACACCUGCUUAGCUCGACCAACGGAACACAACAAGACAUGUACGAGGAUUCAAUACCACACUACCCCACUCACUACCACCACAGUGCACACAGUCAUGAUCAGCCACAGCGACAGCAGCAGGAACAGGAUCCGGACCAGGAGCUCCAAAGGCUGCACCAGCACCAACUCCUGAUCCAGCUUCGCCUGGAGGUUAAUUCUCUCCGCACUCAAAUCCAACAACUUGAACUGCUGAAGCAGCAGUUAAUCCACCAGCGACAAUUCAUGCAGCCCGCCGAGUAUGAGCAACUGAUGGAUCAAUUCUCCAGAACCACAGCCUCCCUGUUGAGGGUCGGUCAUCCAAGUCACUUUGGCGACAGCGCCACCUGCCAGGGACGGACAAUAGAACGCGGGAUCAGCGGCGCCACUAGUUUCGGAGGAUCGGACGGCUUUGGGGACUCUGGAGGAGGAGGAUAUACUGGUAUGCACAUGAUGGCGAGACUGCAGGAUAGACUGAGAAGCAUGACGCUUCAACAACAACAUCAACAGCACCAAGAAUACACACAUAAGCAGCUACACCAGUCCUCUUCUACAUCCUCAUCAGCAAACCAGAGUGGGGCGAAUAGUCCUAAGAGAGAUCCUGUCAGGAUGGAACAGAUCAGCCUAGAGGCCGAACUGAGGGAUCUUGAGCGACGCAUGCGGUCAAUACAGUUGCUUCGAUAAAUAAAAAAUGAAGCAUAAAAUAGUCAUUUCAAACAAUCCAGAUGAUUUAAAAGGAGGGAGGGGAAAGGAGGAAGAGGAGAGUACCAUGGCUUGCAACCUGUCCGCGGUGUACUCUGCACAGUCUUUGCUCUUCGGAGCAAGACUGACCGAUGGCAAGC